AAUAUCAAUUAAAAUCUAAAUCAUGAAGUUAAUAUCUCCGCUUUUUUUAACGACUUUCAUAUUUAUCCUAGCGGCACAAAAUUAUGUCGCCGAGGCUAAAGCUGUUUUGCCAGCACCUGAGGUGGGUGCUGUUGAUGAAGUCGACAUUAGCAAAGUAGAAUCGAAGAAGGUUGAAGAAGAUGAAAUUACUGACGAAAAUCCCCAUGAAAUAUCCAAGAGAUCUUUAUAUCCCAGCUAUCCCUUUUACAACAUAGGAAAUUCAUAUGGAAGUUCAGGUGGUAUGUCUGGGUACGGUGAUGGUUUAGGCGGUAGUUACAGUGGAAGUACAUAUAUGCCAUUUGGCUUUCCCGGAGGUUUAGGUUCAAGUUUCCCUGGAAGCACAUCUAUACCAUAUGGCUUUCCUGCCGGUCAAGGAGUAAGUUUCAGUGGAAGUACACCUGUGUAUCUGGGCACACCUGGAGGUGCAGGCUCAAUAGUCCCCAUGAUAUUUGGCCUUCCUGGAAGUUAUAGCACACCUAUGCUAUUUGGCGCACCUGGAGGUUCAGGUACAAGUCCAUCUGGAAUGUAUAUGAUAGGUGGACCCUUAGGAAGUCCCAGUGGUUAUUUACCUGCGAUUGGCAGCCUUUCUGGUAUGAAUCCAAGUUUAAUUAUAUAUAUUAUUGGUUCAGGCACAAGUCCUAGUGGAAGUCCUUCUGGAAAUAGCUCUCCUAUAAGUGGAAAUAUGCCGAUGCCAAGGCCUAUGCCCAGUUACUUACCUAGUGGAAGCCCAUCUGACUCUCCUGGAAGUGUAAAUAUGCCAAUAUAUAUUUCCACUAUGCCAAUGCCUAUGCUUCCUAGGCCAAUGCCCUUACCGCCAAUGCCUCCUAUGCCAAUGCCUGUACCCGGUAACUUACCUGAAGGUCCCGGUGAAAUAAUGCCGAUUCCUGGUAAAUUACCAGAAAGCCCAAUUAACAUCGCGCCUCUGCCUGGCAACUUACCUCCACCCGAUUAUUCAGAGAGUGGAAAUAUUGCCUGGCCAAUGCCUCUUCCCGGUAAUUUACCUGGAAAUCCAGGCGUUGAUCCUAGUGGAAGUAUGACUUGGUUAGUCAGCCCGCCAGGUCCAGCAGAAAAUACUCCCAGCUCCUAUCCUGGAAGUCCAAGUACAAGACCAGUUGGAAGUACUCCUGGUUCAAGCCCCUAUCCUGGAAUUCCUGUUGAAAACCUACCUGGUGCCAGCCCAGGUGGAAGUAUAUCAUGGAUAAAUGGUGUUCCUGUAGGUUCUGAAACAAGACCUGUUGAAAGUUCACCUGGUUCAAGCACCUAUCCCGAAAGUCCAAUCAUAAGUCCAACCAAUAAUACACCUGGUUCAAGCCCUUAUCCAAGUGGAAGCAUAAGUUGGGUUAAUGGAGUACCUGUUGGUCCUGAUGGAAGUCCAGUUGCAUAUGUACCUGGAGAAAACACCUACCCUGGAAGUACCAGUGAAAGUUUACCCGGUUCAAGCUCCUAUCCUGGAAUUCCCGGUGGAACUAUAACUUGGAUAAAUGGUGUGCCAGUACCAGUAGGUUCGGAUGGAAAUCCCGUUGGAAGUACACCUGGUGGAAGCCAAUAUCCUGAAAGUCCUAACACAAGCCUAAUCGAAAGUACGCCUGUGCCAAGCCCCUAUCCUGGAGGUCAAAGUGGAAGUAUAAAUUGGGUAAAUGGAAUACCUGUACUAGUAGGACCUGAAGGAAGUCCCAUUGGAAAUGUACCUGGAGAAAGCCCUGGAAGUCCUGUUGAAAUUUUACCUGGAAUUCAAAGUCCCACUGAAAAUACACCUGGCUCAAGUCCUUAUCCUGGAAGUCCAAGUGGAAGUAUAAGUUGGGUAGGUCCUGAUGGAAGACCCAUCGGAAAUUUACCUGAAGAAAACAUUUACCCUGGAAGUCCAGUCGAAAGUUCACCUGGUUCAAGCCCAUAUCCUGUUGAAAGUUCACCCGUUUCAAGCCCCUAUCCUGGAAGUCCCAGUGGAAGUAUAACUUGGAUAAACGGUGUGCCUGUUCCAGUAGGUUCAGACGGACAACCCAUUGGAAGUUCACCUAGCGAAAGUCCCAAUUCUGGUAGUCCCAGUGGAAGUAUAACUUGGAUAAACGGUGUGCCUGUACCAGUAGGUUCAGACGGACAACCCAUUGGAAGUUCACCUAGCGAAAGUCCCAAUUCUGGAAGUCCUAGUGGAGGUAUAACGUGGAUAAACGGUGUGCCCGUACCAGUAGGUUCAGACGGACAACCCAUUGGAAGUUCACCUAGCGAAAGUCCCAAUUCUGGAAGUCCCAGUGGAAGUAUAACUUGGAUAAACGGUGUGCCCGUACCAGUAGGUUCAGACGGACAACCCAUUGGAAGUUCACCUAGCGAAAGUCCCAAUUUUGGAAGUCCCAGUGGAAGUAUAACUUGGAUAAACGGUGUGCCUGUACCAGUAGGUUCAGACGGACAACCCAUUGGAAGUUCACCUAGCGAAAGUCCCAAUUCUGGAAGUCCCAGUGGUAGUAUAACUUGGAUAAACGGUGUGCCUGUACCUAUAGGGUCAGAUGGACAACCCAUUGGAAGUUCACCUAGCGAAAGUCCUAGUUCUGGAAGUCCCAGUGGAAGUAUAACUUGGAUAAACGGCGUACCUGUACCUCUAGGUUCCGACGGAAAACCCAUUGGCAGUUCACUUAGCGAAAGUCCCAGUUCUGGAAGUCCCAAUGGAAGUAUAAUUUUGAUAAACGGUGUGCCUGUACCAGUAGGUUCAGACGGACAACCCAUUGGAAGUUCACCUAGCGGAAGUCCCAAUUCUGGAAGUCCCAGUGGAACUAUAACUUGGAUAAACGGUGUGCCAGUACCAGUAGGUUCAGACGGACAACCCAUUGGAAGUUCACCUAGCGAAAGUCCCAAUUCUGGAAGUCCAAGUGGAAGUAUAACUUGGAUAAACGGUGUGCCUGUACCUGUAGGUUCAGACGGACAACCCAUUGGAAGUUCACCUAGCGAAAGUCCCAGUUCUGGAAGUCCCACUGGAACUAUAACUUGGAUAAACGGUGUGCCUGUACCUGUAGGUUCAGAUGGAAAGCCCAUUGGCAGUUCACCUAGCGAAAGUCCCAGUUCUGGAAGUCCUACUGGAAGUAUAACUUGGAUAAACGGCGUUCCUGUACCUGUAGGGUCAGACGGAAGACCUAUUGAAAGUUCACCUAAUGAAAGCCCCAGUUCUGGAAGUCCCAGUGGAACAAUUACUUGGAUAAACGGUGUACCAGUAGGUUCAGACGGAAGGCCAAUUGGAAGUUCAUCUAGCGAAAGCCCUAGUGGAAGUAUAACUUGGAUAAACGGUGUGCCUGUACCUGUAGGUUCAGACGGAAGUACACCUGGAAAUCAAGGUACAAGUCCCAGCUCUCCUAUAAUGUGGAUAAACGGUGUGCCUGUACCUGUAGGUUCAGACGGAAAACCCAUUGGAAGUUCACCUAGCGAAAGUCCCAGUUUUGGAAGUCCCAGUGGAAGUAUAACUUGGAUAAACGGUGUGCCUGUACCUGUAGACUCAAGUUCGCCUAUCGAAAGCUCCAGUUCUGGAAGUCCCAGUGGAAGUAUAACUUGGAUAAACGGUGUACCUGUACCUCUAGGUUCUGAUGGAAAUCCCAUUGGAAGUAUACCUGGAAAUCAAGGUAACAGUCCCAGUGGAAGUAUUACUUGGAUAAACGGCAUGCCUGUACCCUUAGGUCCAGAUGGACAUCCUAUUGGAAGUUCACAGGGCCCAACUGGUAGUAUAACUUGGAUUAACGGAUUACCUGUCGGUUCAGGAAGUCCCGGCGAUAUUCCUGUGAUUGGAGGUACAGAGCAAAAUCCCUCUGGAAGUUUAACAUGGUUAGGCAGCAUACCUGGAGGUUCAAUCGUUAGUAUACCUGAAAUUAGUAACUUUCCUAGUUUAGGAGGUAUUUGGGGACUUAUAACUGGUUCUGGACUGCCUGUCGUUCCUACUGUUGGAAAUACAGAUGAAGCACCUAUUAAGCACACUAUUGAUUUAAGCUCUCUACCUGUUACUACUGUAAAAAUUCUUACAAAUGCUUUUGGAGAUUUACCUGAUUUAAGUGCGAAUUUGCCCAUUUCAUUCGUUGACAUAUUUGGAACAAUGUUAAACCAACUAUUUGGCGGCAAUGCUCCGUCUGGAAUCCAGACUACUGUAUUUACUCUGAGUAAUGAAGUAGAUAAAUUGUUGGCUGCGGCAGUUGAUAUAGAACAGAUAAGGAAAGAAUUAGAUGAUCAAUUAGUAACGGCUGAAGAACCAGAAAAAGGUGUAAUUGUGGCUAAAAAACAAGCUUUAGAAGCUGCUUUGAUUCAACUGGAAGACCUUUUAAAACAAAAAUGUUUUGAAUUGCAAACUCUUAAAGAUUCAGCUAACAACGUGGCUGCUCAUAUGUCAAAAGUGACUAUGUUGGAAAGCACAGUGGCUGACUUAAAGGCUCAAUGGGAGGCAGCUGAAGGUACGGAUAAAGAUUCAAUUGCAACUGCUCUUAACGCAGAGGAGUCUGCUCUUGAUAGCAAAUAUUCGGAUAUUCUUAAUCAAUUAAAAACGUUUAUCGAAAGUGGUUUAAAUAAUGCUAUAACUACUGUACAAGGAAAUGCAGGUUAUUUACCACCUGAAGUGAUAUCUCUUUUAAGCGACAAGUUGAAUGCAAUAACAUCAUACCUGAAUAGUGCUUUUGGAGAACAUAUCCCUAAUUUAGCUGGAAUUAUUCAUGAUUUAGAUGGCCUUAAGGCGACAUUGGUUGCUUUAGCUCAAAAUGUACCCGCUGAAUUGACCGAUGUGAGUGAUUUGGUAAAAACGAUUGUAAGUUUUAGCCAAAAUCUGCAAUCAGCUACAGACGAUGAAAAGCUUGUUAUUUUAGAUGAUUUGGAGAAAACAAUGACCGCUUUAAGUGACAAGUUAGAUGUGUUAACAGGAACAAGUGGUUCAUUGAAAUCAAUGGUUGAUAUAGCAAAAUUGAUUUGGGCUCGAUUAGCCGAUGUAAAUGCCUUAAAAGAAAAAUUGGCAACGGCUUCAGGCGAUGAGAAAGUACAAAUAACAGAUGAAUUGGAUCAGAGACAGGAUGAAAUUGCAAUAAUUAUUGGUAAAUUGCAAGUAUUAACUCAAAUAGUUGCAAGCCAAUCGGGUUCUCUUGGUAUCAGUACUAUUAACAAUCUAAAUAAUGGAGCCUUACACAUACUUACAGCAGCAGAAAAAGGAUUUGAAAAAGUUUUAGGAACAGUGGGGUCUGCAGGAGGUUUAGCAUCCGAUCUAUUAUCUGCUGCCAACGACUUAACCAUUAAUAUAAUACCAAGCACAGCCACUGAAGGAGUUGAUUCGGAUGGAAAUGUAAUAAAUAGUAUCACUUCUAACGUAUUUCCCAGCGGAAGUAUUAAUUGGGAAGCCACCUUACCAUCAAAUCCUAGUGAAAAUAUAACUUGGAUAAACGGAUUGCCAGUAGGAUCAGACGGAAGUCCUCUUGGAAGUACACCUGGAACGCAAGGUGGUAGUAUAACAUGGAUUAAUGGCGUACCUGUACCUGUAGGUCCUGACGGAAAUCCUAUGGGAACGACACCUGGAAGUCAAGGUUCAAACCCUCCUGGAAGUAUUACAUGGAUAAAUGGUAUGCCUGUACCUGUGGGUCCUGACGGAAGUGCCCUUGGAAGUACACCUGGAAGUCAAGGUUCAAUUCCUAGUGGAACUAUAACUUGGAUAAAUGGCGUACCUGUAGGUCCUGACGGAAAUCCCCUUGAAAGUACACCUGGAAGUCAAGGUUCAAACCCCGCUGGAAGUAUAACAUGGAUAAAUGGUAUGCCUGUACCUGUGGGUGCUGACGGAAGUCCCCUUGGAAGCUCCAGCUCUCCUGGAAGUGUCAGUGGCAAUAUUCCUACACCUAUAAUAAGCGGCGGCUCUAAUCCAUCCAUAAACUUUCCUACACCUACAAUAAGCGGCGGUUCUAAUCCAUCCAUAAACUUUAAUGAAAUUAUGGCGAUAAUAAGCGGUAUGACUGGAGCUAAACCAGGAGCUAGUGGUACUAUAUCUUGGGAAGGCAGCUUGCCUACAGGUAGUUCAAACCUAAACAUAAAUGAUAUUAUGGCAAUGUUAAGCGGUAUGACUGGCACAAAUCCCGGUUCCAGUGGAAGUAUAACUUUAGGAGGCAACUUACCAGUAAGCGGAAGCUCACCUGUGGUAACCAGUUCUCCUGGAACUAAUCAACCAUCUGGUAACAGUGGAAGUUUAACUUUGGAGGGAGGUUUACCAUCAAGUGGAAGUCAGCCUUUAGUACCUAGCUCGCCUGAUAGCUCAAGCGGUUCAGUACCUAAUCAACCAUCUGGUACAAGCGGAAGUAUGACCUGGCAAGGUAACAUACCAGCAGGUGGAAGUCAACCUUUAGUAACCAGCUCCCCUGGUUCAUUACCUAAUCAACCAUCUGGUACAAGUGGAAGUAUGACCUGGCAAGGUAGCUUGCCAACAGGUGGAAGUCAACCUUUAGUAACCAGCUCCCCUGGUUCAUUACCUAAUCAACCAUCUGGUACCAGUGGAAGUAUGACUUGGGAAGGUAGCUUACCAACAAGUGGCAGUCAACCUGUUGCACCCAGCUCUCCUGGUGGAAGUCAACCUUUAAUAACCACCUAUCCUGGUUCAUUACCUAAUCAACCAUCUGGUACAAGUGGAAGUAUGACUUGGGAAGGUAGCUUACCAACAAGUGGUAGUCAACCUGUAGCACCCAGCUCUCCUGGAAAUUUAUUACCUAAUCAACCAUCUGGUACAAGUGGAAGUAUGACCUGGCAAGGUAGCUUACCUUCAGGUGGAAGUCAACCUUUAAUAACCACCUAUCCUGGUUCAUUGCCUAAUCAACCAUCUGGUACAAGUGGAAGUAUGACCUGGCAAGGUAGCUUGCCAACAGGUGGAAGUCAACCUUUAGUAACCAGUUCCCCUGGUUCAUUACCUAAUCAACCAUCUGGUACCAGUGGAAGUAUGACUUGGCAAGGUAGCUUACCAACAGGUGGAAGUCAACCUUUAGUAACCAGUUCCCCUGGUUCAUUACCUAAUCAACAAUCUGGUACCAGUGGAAGCUUUACUUGGGAAGGAAGCGUACCAAGUGGAAGCAUCAGUUCCGUUACGCCUACAAUAAGUAUGACUGAUUCUGGAGCUAAUCUACCAGCUGGUUCUAGUGGAGUUUUAACUUUGCAAGGCAGCCAACCGAUAACAAGCUCUUCGGGAAGUUCAAGCAUUAACAUCAGUCCCGUUAUGCCUACAAUAAGUAUAAGUGGUUCCGGAGCUAAUCAACCAGCAGGUUCCAGUGGAAGUUUAACAUGGCAAGGCAGUUCACCUUUAACUUCGGGAACUUCAGGAAGCACUUCUACGGGAGGAUCAAGCUUAAGCAUCAGUGGCAGUAUACCCACAAUUAACAGUAUGACUGGUACAGGAGCUUCAAGCGGAAGUUUAUCUUGGGGUGGUAGUCAACCUUCAGGUUCUUCAGGAAUAUUGUCAUCUGGUGGUUCCUCAUCUCUUACGACUAGUUUCCUUCAACCAUCAUUUAGUAUCUCCUCAACUGCUACUGCCCCAAAGCCAACUACGUCUUCUUCAAGCUUUUUAGCUAAUUUAAUUAAACCUUCAUUCGUAGCCGGAAAUCUAAUUUAAAAUGUAAUCUUCUACGAUUUAGAAAUGACUUUAAAGUCUAUAAUAUAAUUAUUUGUGAAUAUUAUUUGUUGUAAUUAUUAAUUUAAAUAAAUAUCGAAAACGACAAUUAUUUAAAUUUAUCAAAAAUUUAUUCAACAUAUAAUGUUGUAUAAAAUUUUGAUAAAUUUUAAUUUUUGAUUAUCGAUACGACCUAAAAUGGCUUGAGCAUGCAAA